AGCGGUGAAGAGCCCCUCGACAAGAAUGCGGUCCCCAAAGUGGAAGCUAGCGUGGACGAAACCCCAUCUACUACUGCUAAAAGCGAAGAGGAGGGUUUAACGACGGUCGCACCAGGAACUGGAACAGCAACCACCACACGUGUUGUCGUAACAGUGGCACCAAUAGUCGUCAUACCUGUAUCUUUAUCGGGCACUACAACGGCAAGCAGCCGAACAACCGUCGGAGAAGGGUUCUCGACAACAUCUAGUGAAGAAACCAGCGGCGAAGAGCCGCUUAGCAAGAGCAGUGAAGCUACAGCUGUUUCUGGCGAAGUUACAACAAAAAGUGCCAUCUCUACCACUGCGAACGUUGGGUCUAUGCCUUCCGCGUCCCCAGUUCCUGGCAUGGAAGGCGGAGCUUCAACUACUGCCUCUUCUCCUGUUGAAGGCUCCGGAUUAGAAGCAGGCGGAGAUCACACAACCAUGGAAGCUGUUGGAAUUUCCAUCACAACGCCUCUUACCAUUGAAGAGACUGUAGCUCCCAAGGUGUCCCUAUCCGAGACUACUACGGCGUCCGCAAGAGAUCAGACUGCAAGUGAGGGAACAACGCCUACCUCAGCACCUGAAGAAGCCAGUGGAGAAGAACCGCUUGACAAGAAUGCGCUUCCUAAAGUGGCAGCUAGUAUCGACGAAGCGCCCACCACUGCUGAGCAUACACCUGGAACAGUAUCACCUACUUUAGGUACUGCAACUUCUCCACAACCGUCAAGUCCCGAAGGAGAAGAAGCCACCACUUCUGCUGCGGUUGAGAGUACGGCCCCAGUAGUCAGCAGUGAACAAACCACAAAGCUUCCAACAUCUUCAUCACCCGAGGAAGCCAGCGGUGAAGAACCUCUCGACAAAAGCGCUGUUCCCAGUGUACAAGCCAGUCACGACGAAACGAGUAGUACAACAGCAUCUACAUCUGAAACCUCAACUAGUCCAACUGAACUGAGUUCUACCGGCCACAGCACUGAGGAGACUCAACCAACUGCAGUAUCUGUGGUUGUGGAUAGUACUGUGACAGAACCCAGAUUGUCUACUACAGCAAAGACAACCUCUUCACCUGAGGAGGCUAGUGGAGAAGAACCUCUUGACAAAAAUGCGGCGCCUGAGGUGCAAGCGAGUAUGGAUGAGACUACUUCUGUGUCUGGUGUAACAAGUCCGAAUUCUGGCACGGGAUCAACAUCUGCUCCAGGCACCAAAGUCAUAGUUCCUAUAAUCCUUGUACCUGGUGGAAGUAAAACAUCCGCAAGCACUGAACCUACUACAGGAGAGCAAGCGACAACUCCUUCUGAAGAAGCCAGUGGAGAACAGCCUCUUGAUAAGAAUGCUCUCCCGGCGAAAGAAGGCGAGGAGGCAACUACCAACCCCGAAAACACACCUGGUACGGCAGUGACCACAUCUGGUACAGGUAGUGACGGAAUUGAAGUUUCAACUUCUUCGCCUGUAGAAGGCUCGGUGACAAACGGAGGACAAUCUACUACGGAAAGUAGUGAGCCGAAAACAACAGCACCUAUGGAGAGCAGCGGUGAAGAACUAGACAAGAGCACAGUUGUUACGCAGAUCACUCGAGUACUAGAAGUAACAUCCACACCAUCUCUAGAGAGUAGCGGAGAAGGGCCGAUUGUCGGCAAUAUUCUGCCCAAAGUUGAAUCAAGCAUCGAUGAGGGUACAACCAAAGUCUUAUCAACAGAUGAACCAGGCAAAACGUCCACAGAGCCUUCGACUGGGGGUGAAACUGAACAUUCAGGCGAAGAACCCACAACAAGACAAAUACCUUCGGAUCAAUCCACGACGGCUGGAGAGCACGAAACGACAUCUGAAGGACCUACAGCAGAAACUAGCACCGUCUCGAUUCCUCCUAUCAUCCCAAUUGUCGGAACCAGCGUGUCACCUUCCACUUCUCACGUAGAAGACAGUAGGCCUAGCACCGUCGCCAUUCCUCCCAUAAUUCCGGUGACUGGAGCGACUGAGAACGAAUCAACGACUCCAACUGUGGAGGCGAGUGGAGAAGAACCAGCUGUAAGCAAGACACCAAGUGCUGAAGAGAAUGUGAAUGAAAGCACCAGCGCAACUCCAACCACAAGCUCAGAUAGAAAAGCCAGUACUGAAUCUGCUGGUUCGGCACAUCCCUCUACACCAUCUGAGCCAUUAGAGUUU